UGUAUAAAAGCCAUAAACAAAUGUCCUAUCUUUUAAAAAGUUUAAAAAUCUCUACGAACACGAGCAAAAUGUCGCUGUACUUGGCUGUCAAGCUAUUUUCUCAUCGUAAUGUGCCGUUCUGGCGCAUAGUAUGUAUGAAACAUUACGAUUUGGCGUGUGCGUUCUAUUUUAUUUUAGAUGAGAUUUGACGACCGCUCAAAAUAUCUUCAUGGCUUUUUAUUCGACUUUUCUGUGUACUGUUGUUUUCGGUAUUUCGUAAACAUUGGCAAAACAAAGCGAUAAUUCAAUGAAGUGUGCGGAAAAUAGUCGUUAUCGCGAGUGAGAAAGGUAUUUAGUGCACAACGGAAGCAGACGGUGGUCGUUUAGUCGGUUUCCGAUGGAGGAGAAGAUGGAGAGUGAACAGAGUUAUAGUGGCGAAAGUAGCAGCUCCUCGGAAAGUUGCAGUGGGAGUGGGAGCGGCAGUUCGGAGCCCGACGAGGAGCUCACGGAGCCCGUGCGCCUGCUGGGCCAGAGCCUUGAGCUGCCGCAGGAGCUUUGUGAGAACUAUGGACUCUUCAAAGAGUUCUUCUCCUAUAAGACUUGGGAAGCCUUAGAAGAUACACAUAAGGAGCAGCUUAUGAAAUAUUUGCCUAAAUUUGUACAAAAUGAAGAAGAGGAAAGAGAAAAAACGAUAAAGAUGCUGUUUGAUCAUGAACCAUUUCAUUUCACAUCACCACUAGAAGUGUUUUACAGCAAUUUGAAACAGGGAAACUACCGGCCAGAUAUAGCCAAGAUGAGAAAGUUUUUGCAAAAAGCAAGAGCUAAGCAACAGAAACACAAGAUUAAAUCCUACUAUGCUAAACUGAUGCCAGAAGUGUUAAUAUCUCGGGAACGGUUGCUAGCAGCAGCCAAAGCUGCCCCACCUGGCCCCACCCCUCGCCUACCCCUUCUGCCACAAAAACAUUCCUCCAAAAACUCCUAUAAACCUUUAUACUUGCGAGCAAGGCAGAGGUAUUUUGAGGAAUUGGCAGCUAUCCGGAGUGAAGUGGGCGGUGAGGAGUCUGAGGAUGAUAACUAUCCCGAGGGACCUCCAGAGCCGUCUAAUAAAAAGCGCAAACACAUGCAUGCUGGCCAGAAUCAGGACAGCAAUGUUUCCGGUACUCUUGGAGGCACAGAAUCUUCACAUCCCACAUCUCUGGAUUGUCUAAAAAAUGUCUUAGCAGCUCAUAGAGCUCGAAGACAAUAUAGAGAGAACCAUCCAGAACUAAAUACAACUGGUUUAACUUUAGAAGACAUAAAGCAGAGAGUAGCAUUUGUAAAUGGUACAAAAAAACUCAUGUUUGGCGGACAAAAAUCAGAAACAUCCGCACAGAAAGUGAAAAGGGGACCUAAGAAAGAGCCAAGUCAGAGACAAGUGAAAUCUGAUGCUAAAGCUAGUAAGAGAAAGGAAGAGGACGUUGAACAUAAACCAUUGUUACCAAAUAUAAAAAUAAAGUGUGAGCAAGAGGAGUCAGACUCGGAGAGUUCCUUUGCAGAGCCGAAGGCGGCCAAACAUUCUAAAAAGUUAGGUGAUAAUGUUGAAAUUAAGCAAGAAAUUGUGGAUCCUAAAUACUCUGAUACAACAAAUAUAAAUUACAAUGACCCAAAACUGGAGAGUGUAAUCAAGCAAGAGCCUUUAGAUCCUACACUUGCGCUACAGAAUGCUGGUAGAAUAAUUCAACCGGUUCCCAUCAAAUUGGAAGAUCUCGAUGGAAUUGACAUGAUGGCGCUGCCCGUCGAGCUAGCGGACGAGGAUCUCCCGUCGCCUACGGAGAGGGAGGAAGCGGUGGACGUGGCCACGGAGUCGGCGCUGACGGAGACGACGCACGCGAGCUUCCUGUCGCUGGUGCGCGCGCUGUUCCCGGCGCGGGCGGCGCACCGCGCGAGCAAGCAGCAGCUGCACGCGCGCUGCGCGGCCGUCAUGAGCUCGCCUAUAGCGCCGCUCAACACCUGGUAUAGCUUGUCAGAAGACUGGUGCGCCGAGUUGGACUCCGCGCUGGAUUUCCUGGCCGGCGAGAGAGGCCCGCACCCUGACGACUUCGUGCCAUACCUACAAUAUAUUCCGGAGACGCAGAUGUACCAGUGGAUAGGCGCGGGUCGGGACUGCGACGCGAUAUUGGGCCGGCUGUGUGAACGCUGGUUCCGCGCCGCGUCGCCCGCGCCGCCCGCCAACGAGCCCCCCCCACCUAGGUAUCCUACGUCAUGGGUUGUGCGUCCUCUCACUAGCACGGAAAUAGCAGACUUCCGAGCUCAAGAGAGAAAGAGAUAUGCAGCUUCGGCGAAACCUUUCACUUAUGUCCAACACGGGUAUCGAGCAGUAGUAGGUCCUUGCGCUCGAUGCGGCGCCGGCGGUGGUGCGGCGAGCGCAUUGCUAGCCGCCUCGCGGCCGCGCCACGCCUCCUUCCUGGCGCUCGUGCGCGACGCCGUGGCACGCCUGCCCAACGGCGAGGGCACCCGCCACGACGUGCUCACCCUGCUCAAGAUGUCUCAAUGGAUCUCAACGUGCAGUGACCAGGCGCUCCUCAGCGCGUUAUCGACGGCUUUAGACAGGCUCCUGUCUGCCAAGCGGGACCCUGUUGUCAAAUACGACCAAAGGACGGCCAUUUGGACAUAUUUGCACAGAAACAGGACAGAGGAGGACUGGCUGAAGUCAACGGCGCGCGGGCGUCGUGCUGCGGAGAAAAGAGAGCCCGAGCCUGUAACGCCGCCACCAGCGGUGGAACUGGAAGUGGGCACGGAGGCAUCCGUGUCGGACAGCGACGUGGACGUGGACGUGGAGGGCGGCUUGGGUCCCGGGUCCGCGCAGCUGCUGCUGGCCGCCGCCACCCCCGCGCCCGCAUCCACGCCCGCCCGCUCCCGCGCGCCCGCGUCCACGCCCGCCCGCCCCCGCGCCCGAGACCGACCCAAGCAGAAGCCCGCCAAGCCGGAGCCGCAGGCGCGGCCGACCCCUACUCAAGUGAAACCCACCGUAACUCCGCCCAAGCCGUCCCCACAACAAAAAUCAACACCAAAGGCGGCUCUCAUGGCCCAGUCGGCCAAACAAGCUAGCCUAGUCGCCCAGGCCGUGAAGAGCAACCUUAUAGCUCAAGCGGCCAAACAGGCCAAUCUAAGUCAGCACGCGAAACCCGCUCCGGCCAAACCGGUCAAUGUGGUUAAGGUCCAGAAACCAGCUCAACCAGUGAGCCAGCCAGUCAAGCCGGUCGCGAAGCCGCCUCCAUCGCCCAAGCAAGCCGCGCCCAAGCCGGCCCCCGUGCCCAAGCCGCCUCCGGCCAAGCCGCCGCCGGCCGCGCCGCCCAAGUCCUCGCCGACCGCGGUGCAGCAGGCGCCGCUCAGGCAGAGGACGCUGCUGGUCGAGGCUCCACAGAGUAUAACCGCUCCGGUAGUGACGAGUCAACCCACUGCGCCUGUUGUUUCCAUUGUACAACCUGUAUCCACCAUAACGUUACAUCCGGCACCAAACAAGCAGGUAACACAAGGCACAAGAUCGCUGCUCAUAAGGCCGCCUGCAGUACAGACGACUGUCACUGCAGUUGUCUCUACGCCUAUUUCACAGCCGGCCGGCACCGGCACCGGCACCGGCACCGGCACCGGCCCCGGCCCCGGCCCCGGCCCCGGCCCCGGCCCCGGCGCCGGCAGCCGGCGCGGCGUGGUGCGCGUGCUGAGCCCGGCGGCGGGGGCCGCGGGCAAGUCGCUCAUAUCGCCGCGCGCCCUGCUGCACCAAGCCACCCCGAUGGCGACGAAGAAACGGACUUCUGUGCCAAAUACCAGCUCCGUUACGACUAUCGCGCAGAGUUCCCUCGUGACGACCGUAGCGCACAGCUCCACCAGCGUAGCCACCGCCGGCACGCGCACCGUCCAACUCGCCGGCGGCCGCACUCUACAACUAGCGGCCAACCAAACCGUCCACCUCCCCGGCGGCCAGCCCGUACAGCUGGCAACUAGGGCGCUCCAGCUGACCAGCCUGUUGCCAGCUCGCGCGCACAAGCCCGUGCCGGCCUCGACCGUGCAGCUGACGGGGCAGACCGUGCACCUGGCCGGCCAGAGCGUGCAGCUCGCGCAACACGCCGUCAAGAGCGUUCAAGUAGCCGCGCCGGGUGUAAUUCCGACGCAAACGGUGCAACUACCAAGCGGUCAAACAGUCCAACUGGCAGGCAGAAAUCUUCAGACUGUACAACUAGCUGGUCAGAACGUUCUCACCAGCCAGAGCGUGCAACUAGGUUCCCAGACCGUGCAACUAGCUGGUCAGACGCUCCAACUACCGAGCGGUCAGACAGUCCAGCUUUCCGGUCAAACGCUUCAGCUACCCAGUGGUCAGACGGUGCAACUUUCCGGCCAGACACUGCAGCUGGCUAGCGGUCAGACGGUGCAGUUGGCGAGUCAGACGCCGAAGUCCAUGGCGCAGCUGGUUCGCGGUCAGGCGGCCGGCGACAAGUCCGCGCAACCGAUCAGAGCCAAACUACUUACUCAGGGGCAAAUGAUCUCGCUGGAGAGCAUGGUGGGCGCGCGCAUGGUGGGCGGGCGUGCGCGCGCAGCCGUGCGCGUGCUGGCGCCUGCCGCCCGCCUAGCGCGCCCGCUGCUGCUCACCGCCGCCAAGCCGCUCCACAACUUCAUCCUGCAGCAAAGCGACGGCAGCACUAUACGGGUAACGUCGAGCGGUGCCGCGGGCUCCUCGCAAACUAUAGUAUUUAGCAAUAUUGGCUCGCAGGCAGCUACUACGUCCACUUCUUCGGCGCCGUUGUUAAAAUUGCAACAGGUCAAUCCGAUACAACAAGUUAAACUUCCCCAAGGAAUUAAAAUUCAGCAGGCGGGGGCGAACGCCACGGUGGCGACAUCUAGCGCCGUCAACGCGGUGCGGAGUGUUCUCAUGGACGGUCAGCAACUCAAACUCGUCGGAGGCAGACAUGUACUCGCGCGCUUGUUACGGCCAGCGCACCCGCCACAGUGAACUGAGCUUUAACGAUUUUGGUGUAAGGUUCAAACUAGCUAGCAUGAGCUCGACGCGGUUUCGGGCAUUCUCAUGGACGGCUAGCAACUAAAACUCGUCGGCGCCAGACAUGUACUGACGCGCUUGGUACGACCGGUGCACCGCUACAGUAAAGUCAGCUCUAAGGCUAGUGGUGUAAAGUUCAAAAUAGCUAGCGUUCUAGCGCCGUUAACGCGGUACGAAGGGUGCUCAUGAACGGACAACCAUGCGAUGUGUUGACGGUUCUUUUGUAUACCUAGAUUAAUAUAGGCUGAGGAUACUACUGGUAGCACCAUAAAGUCUUACAUAGACUGAAAAAAUAGGAGCCACGUGCUAGGUUGCCUAUUCAUCGUGAAGAAAUGUUGUCUAUGUUGUUAAGUGGGCAGUGGCCGUAAACCGAGUCUUACCCAAUUUUCACAUCUUAAAACUUCAUUUUUAGUUCUACAUAUGUGAACCCAGUGACAACCCAACAUGUUGCCACAAUGCAAAAGUUGUAUUCUUGGUAACUACCAUCUUUCAAACUUAAUACUAAUGACAUACCUAGUUUUUACUAUUAAACUACACGAUUGUAUGGAAUAGGUAUGUAUCCACAAGAAAUAACUCUUAUUUAAAGCAGAGCAGCAUUAUUGGUGGGUUUCUGCCAUUGUAAAUAAAUUUUUAGUUGUAGCAUAAUGCUCGAGUGUGUAAAUAUAUAAUUCACAAGAGCUUACUUAUGUUUUCAAAUGACAGAAGGAUGAUAUGUGAACAUUCAGUUUGUUGUGAUAUGUUUACUUAUAGUUGAUAUUGUGUAUGUUUGAAUGAGUUAGACUUGAUUAUCUAUGCAAAUCUGCAGUUGGUAUCAAAUUAUCACACAUGCGGUUAAUUUUACUAAAAGUUAUAUUAGUUUUCUUGGAAAAUUGAUAGUUUCUUGACUUUACAGAUUAUUGAAUGAGAUAAAUAAAAAUCGGUAAACAAACUAUUAACCAAAGUAUCCCCUCAUAAUUAUUGUAGAAGUAAAUAAUCUCUGUUUAUGAAUCGUUUGAUGCUGAUUCUAAGUAAAACUAAAUGAGCACCUGAGUUUCUAACUACCUAUUAAAACUAACUGUAAAGUUGUUUUUCUCCAAUAUGCUCGGAAAUGUUCACCUUAUUGUAGCAAAAAUAUAGUCUGUCAAGCCAUUUCCGCCAGUAGAAAAAAGCGGCAAUUUUAAAAAAUGUAGGCGCGACGGGUUAUCAUCCUAUAGAAAACUUGAAUUUCGCGCCUUUUUCUACUGACAAACUUGUUUGACUGGCUAUAGAACGGGAAGUAAAGGAAGUAAAAAAAAUCAAAUAAUUACUGUCCUGUUUUAGCGGACGGGAAGUUAUAACUGUAUUGUUUUUUACCUUUUAAAAAUAUGUAAACGCUAAGAAAAAUCAAUACAAACUGCCAAUUAUUUUUAUAGCCGCCUCUACACAGGUCAGCAGUCAUUUUAAGCUAUAGGAUAGAGUGAGAUAGGUGAUGAUAAACCAGCUUUCAUGUUUCGUUCUUACAAGACCGUCGUGUAUAUUCGUGCAAACACUGAUUAAUAAAAUCAAAGACUACAUUACUUUUGUAUUUUUUUAAGGAUCUAAGGCGUGCACAUACAGCUUUUAUUGCACAAUUAAAUUGAAUGAACCAAUAUUGAAUGGUACUGAAUGGCAGUAUGAGUUGUGCCUUAAACUGUUAAAAAAAUAAUUAAAGAGGGAAAUUGUAUUUGACGAUUUUGAUAUGAAGGUUUGAUUUGAAUAAUGCUUGAUGCUUAAAUAAUGAUUAUUUUACCUUAUUUCCUCGCUAGUUUGGAGAAAAGCACUAUAUAUGCCUCGGCAGGAAUAGCAAUUCGUGGAUUCGUUCAGAUUAUUUUCAUAUGUAAAUAGAAUAUUUACUUUAAUUGCAAAGCGGUUUAUCUAGAAGGAAAAUAUUAAGUUUCCAUAGAAGUUAUGUUAGUAAAUUGGCUCGAAUCGAGGUUUUUAAUGUUUUAAGUGUGUGAUUGUAAAGGGGUACCUAAUAGUUGUUUUUGCAAUGAAAUUUAUUAUCUUAUUCAUAUCAUAGAAGGAUAGCUAUGUAUGUUAUAUAUAAUACAAUAUUAAAUGUACAAAGCCAGUAUUUUGCAUUGUAAAUUGCUCGUAAGGCUGCAACUUUUUUUGUAUAAAUGCUUAUGAGAAGUGUUAAUUAGUUGUAAAGAUUUUUUAAAGUUUAACUCAAUAUUAAUAACUCUCAACUUAUUGUAUAUACCAGUGUCAGUUUUGAGCGAGACAUUAUGAAAUAUUUAUGUUAUUAUUUAUUUUAAAGUGCCGAAUCAGUCGAUCUGUCAACGUAGAUGGUUGAAAGUGAAAAAUGUACCUUAAAAGGCCUUUUUUCCGUCGAGUUCUUUUUCCAGUGUGUUAUGUAGUAUUAUUUAUUAAUUUAAGUUUAAUGCACAAUAUGAAAAGGUACUCAACUGUAGAGCCAAGCAGACACCCAUACAAAUGGUGCAGACAGGGUUUUGAAAAGCACAGCCGAUCGGUCGAUUGCUUUGGCGACGUCUUAUCUCGGGCAGAAAGCCACGUAGAGAUCUGUCCCUGUCCGCGGAAUCAUAGAGAAACAAGUAAGCUUAGAGUGCUCACUCCAUACAUAGAUAAAAACUCAUUAAUAACAAGUUUUCGGCGAGUUUAAAACUUUUAAUACGGUUUACAAUACCUCCCAUACAACUUAUUAUAUAUUAAGUAAGGAAACUGAUGCAGCACUAACCUUACUUGUUUCUCAAUGGUGCAAUGCAAUACGUCACAACAGAAUCAUUAUUUAUUUUGUUGUUUUCAUAUUAUACUUGUUUCGACAUGAAAUUCAAUUACGAAUGCAAUAUAUUAAGUCAAUUUAA